CCCGGGGGUAAGCUCAAGAUCAUAAAACGUUAAGGCCUUCUAUCAAGUCCGUCACUUGAUUUCAAUUACUCAGCAGCGCUACCAGCAGAAUCACCAGCAUUGCCUUGCAAGCAGCACCACACAAAACACCAUUAAUCUCACCUAACUUGUGGUUCAGACACCCCAAGAUGCGCCUCCCUACUGCUGCUACCUACCUUAUCGUCGCCCAGCUUGUCACUCUCGCUGCGGCGGAUUAGAUGCGGGUAACGACCAUGUGUCAUCCUACCAGUUGCGAUUCCGAAGGAUACUGGUAUACGGCCUUUGGCAGCUAUCGAAUUGAUGCCAACGAAGGUUGUCGGGAUCCCCCAGACGUCCCAAGCAUGAACACAAUCUGCAUGGAUUGGGGAAACAAAAGGGGCCAUUUCUACUUCGACGGUCAGGCCAAGCGCUGUAUAAGAAUGACAUCGGACACUCCGUUCGGUUGCGGCCCGGGCGCUACUUGUGCGUUCUCUAAUUGGGACGAGGUUUCCUGCACCUGGUGAUUGGUAACCGUGACCGGAAUAAGAAUGAGCUUUGAGGGAGCACUUUUGGUGUAUCUAGCGUGUACCUUGGCAACCAAGACAUUCCAUUUCAACACA